UUAGGAAGAAGGAGGGCCCUGGGGGGGGGGUUCUUUCUUUGCAGACGUUAGGGUUAAGUUGUAAUCAGUUGGCCAGUACACCCUGAUAAAUUCAUUCGGUUAAUCGUUGUCUUGAUAAAUAUCUCUACACUUCAAUUCCUGAUAUUUGCAAGAAUGGUGUCUGUAGAAAAACAAGGAUUCACCCCAAUUCCAUUGAACUCUCCAAAAGAUGCCCCUGAAUACCAUGAUGAGCCCCACAGGGGUGACACGACCCACCCCCUGGAAGGGGCUAGAAUGGAAGUUAUGAGUCCUGAAAGAUUGGAGAUCUCUACGCCCCUGGACACACCACGUGACGUGUUCCCGGAUGAGGAGCUGGCUAGACCACGAAGCAGAGGAGAAUCAGUUCGAGAUUCGUUCAGGAUUCCAUUAUCAUCAGAGGUAUAUGUGAGGAAGGAUGAUAAACUGGUCAGGCAGAGAAAUCUGCUCUAUCUGAUACUAAUCCUACUCAGUACUACCCUAGUACUAGGUAUACUGAGUAGUAUCUACUACUACUACUACAGUCUCCAGGACUCUGCAGAAUGGCAUCUCCGUGUCUCCCAACUGGGGAUUGUCUUUGGAAUAUUUAUUCUAGCUAUUCUGGUCAACCUAGGCUGCCUAGCUCACCUACAUGUUAGAUCAAGGAGAAACCGAAGAAAAUGGAGUAGCAUGGAGACAGAUGAUUUCUAAUUGGACUGAUAAUUGAGAAUUUGCAGAACACAUUGUUUUAUACUUGUUUAAUUUGGUUUUGUUAACUGUAUAUUUUUGACUAGCUUAUAAAAUAGCAUAAAUGACGAUGAAUAUAUAUUUUUACAUUUA